AUGACAGGUCACCCUCUGUCAAAGUGCAACCUUUGUGCAAAGGUAUCAGAGCUGAGCAAGAAGCUGAAGGAAAAGAAAAGGCUCACUGGGAAAGAUUUGGAACUAGAGAAAAAUUGGAUUGAAUGUUUUCUCACUCAUCAUCCAGAAAUCAAGUUAGGAUGCCCCACAGGCAUUGAUCCAAAGCAGAUGCAGAUGUUCAACUUCACGACUGUGAAUCACCACUUUAAACUCCUCGUCAACUUCUUGAAAUCCAAGGGCAUCCCCUGGGAGAAUGUGUAUAACAUGGAUGAAAAGGAGAUCCAGCUUGGAGGGGGAAGGAAAUGCAAUAACACAAAUGGCACCAGUUUGAAGCCUGGCUUUGUAUUUUCUGGGUCAGACAUAUACCCUGAAUAUUAUGAGGAAGAUGGAAUCAUAGUGGCAACAUCUGAAAAUGGUUGGACCAGUGACUUCAUUGGCACUGAGUGGUUCAUCAAGAGUUUUGUGCCACAAGCCAAAGCAUGGAAUUCAUCUGGAUCAACCAAUCCUCCUCAUAUAUGA